AACAAGACCCAUUUGAAAGAUACACCCUUCAAUGUACUCAGGCUAAACGCCCAUUGUAUAUAAUCUCGUUGAAACAUUAUAAUACCCCAUAUAAUCCACUAGCCCCUCUCGCAGUUCGUUGUUAAUGGUGUAUACUCAAUAUAACCCUUAUAUAAUCCACAAGCCCAUGGCAAACUAUUGAUGCACCACAACUAAACACUAGCUAUAGUUUGAGGUUGAUAUUUAUCAUUGAAAUAAUUCAUUGCAGUUUUCUAAGUUCAUUACAUUUGGUUUUGGGAGAAACAAUACAUCUUCAGCUCUUUUGCACAGGAAACUCGUUGUUUUAAUUCAAGAGCCCAACCUCCCAACCUCGAGAUAUUCUUAAUAGGUCAUAUAGGUCAAUCAUAAAUGACACAUGUUUUUCAGACUUAUGGAUCUGUAAUCCAGUACGUAUUGGCAUUAUGUAUGUAUUUCGAGAGCCGCACUUACCUAAGAUGCUGGCUCCGAACUUUUUGUAGAUUGUCACAGAUACUUACAAUUUUUCGGUUUUUUCACCUCCCACACCUGGAUCUUAUGUCGCUUUAACUAGAUGAUAGUAAGAAUAAUGAGUAUGGAGACGACAUGGAGAACCAAAUAUAUGAGCGGAACGCACACAAUAAAAGCAAGUGCCGACGUGAUCUGUUUGCAACCAAGGGCAUGGAUCCCCAUCCAUCACCGGAGCGUCUGUAUACCUAUGUCUAUGCUACAGCUGCCUCUGUGGGCCAGUGCGUCCAACCGGAGGUGUGCUCCGCUUUGUUGCGGGCUCUACAUAGCGAGCAGUUGGGCUACCUGGCCAAUUGCUAUCGCGGAGGAGCUGGGAACUCAAAUGCUACCACCGCCAGCACAUGCACAAUAACCAGCGCCACGGGCUCCUCCACCGCAUCGCGCAGACCAUUGCAAAAUGUGAAUAUUAUGUAUCCACAGCCAUAUCGCACGGGUUCCCAUUUUGGAUUCAAUUCACCACGCCAGCAUCCACGCACUGAGCAUAAGCAUGUGCCCAAGGAGCGAGACCAUAAUGCCUUGGGCUACCGAUCGAUGCAACGAGGGAUCAGUUACGAGGAGAUCUUCGCCACACCUCGCUAUGAACAGUUGUGCCAGACGUGUUUCGACAAACUAUUGCGCCUUAAGCCCGAGCUGAAAAGGAUUGGCAGUGGCACGGCUACUAGUAGUUGUGCGGAGGAGCAGACAAGUACAGGGAGCACUCCCUUGCAACGCCGCCAAUUGGCGACUUUGCCUGAGUUAUGCGAUCAUCUUGGGGAAAUGCAAAAGUUGUCUGAACCUCCGAGGGUCCAACGUAAUGCGUACACACAGACGCAGAAGUGUUCUCCAUCCUCUUCCACCAAUAAUUUCCUUAGUCAAAUCGAAAAGUUUAACUUCUCGGAAGAAUCGACAAACAUAAAUUAUACUCCACGUCCGAUUAACAGUGAAAGUAGCCUUUUGGGACUGAUUGUGGAACAGGCAACCUCGAGUGCUGGAGCGAGUGCCACAAGUUCUCCUCCUCAAAGAAUUUACUGUGCAGAGGAAGUGGACAUUACAGAAGUGUGGAGUUUUGGGCGUUGGCUGGAACCCCAGGAUCAUAUGAUAGCGAGUAAUGCAGAUGAGUUUUCCCAACCGCCGCUGACCGAGCAUUGCAUCACAUUGGAGUUUAAUCAACAUUAUUCGACUGAUGACAAUCAGGUCGACCGCCAAUUGAUGACCCGCGAAGAGCGCCAGCGUCGAAAGUCUGAGUUCCAGGAGCUUUGGCAAGAUCAUGUCGAGUACUUUGAAUCCAAAGAACAGAUGCAUAUUGAUGAAAAUAUCCAGGAAGUCGCGACUCUUAGUGCUUAUGAUUGCUUCGACCAGGAUAUAGGCGAGAUUGAAGAAGGAGUCAAUGAUGAAACAAUGACUGAGCCAAGUGAUGAGUUACCGAAAAUGUUGCAGAUGGUUGAGGAUAGUCUUACAUUAGCCGGCGAAAAUCUAGAAAAGCUGGUGGAAAGUACCAAAAAACUACAAGCAAUUCACACUGAAACUUCACCAGCCUCUUCCAAUGGUUCCCUAGCCGAAGUUGGUAAUCUCUUUCGGUCGAGAAGUUUCGAGAGCAUUCCUGCUGUCGAUGACACUGUGUCUGUACAGGAACCACUUUACGAUUUGGCCAUAAAUUCAAGCACCGAAGAAGUUGACGGAGUGCAUGAUACUUUGAUACAGGAGGAAAAGCGUGACGACGAAAAACCUCUUACUCCCAUGUCAACGGAGCCAGAGGAACCGUCAGAUAAGGAGAAGGAUCUUGUCGACGAGAAAGACAUAGACGAAAAUGAACAUCACGUGGAGGCUGAGUUCCAUAAGGCUCUUGCCGAAACAAUGCAAGUUAUCGUUCUUACGACAAUGGACCACAAUACCACCCCCCUGAAAGAUACAGAUGAAAAUGAUCGUACGGUUGAGACUGAGAUCCGAGAGUCAGAAGAAGUUAGCUCCUUAGAGACAGAUAACCAGUUUUUCACACCGCUGGAACGCGAGGUUCUGCAUCGGAUCGAGAAAGAAAGACUUGACGAGUCGGAGCCUAUAUUUGGAAAGAUUGACCAUAGUAUUCGCAACAAGAUGACGCCAAAGAAGCUGCAAGACUUGGUCAGCGAAGAGAUAUUUCGCACACAAACGCAUGUAUACACGAACCUAAGGACACCGAUAUCGAAGAAAUCCCUGUCCGCUCAUAAUAUCAGUGCACCUUGCAGCUCAAUGGCGCACACUCAUCUAGUUACCCGACCAACACCCCGAAUGUCGCGAUCCUGGUCAGAGGAUCAGCAAAGUGAGGAGGACGAUCAAAAGAAGAACGGAGCGGGAGAACAGGGAUACAUUAAUAAAGACACUCCCAUAGGUCGAGUCAUCUCGUCUACAACAUUUGUGUGCAGGAGAGGUCCAACCAGAAAGCGCAACUUUAUUCAGGAGAACAUUCGCAAUGCCAGCAGACCGCGAGUUGCAGCCGGCUCGAUUAAAAAACACAAAAGCAACAUCGUUACUUCUCCUAGAUCCAAAUCAAGCCCAUCCUCAGUGUAUACUUUUCAGUGUGGCCAGCGGGAUAGCGGAGCACGCCUAUGGGUUGCCUUGCCAACGUCUCCACGUGGUCAAAACAGUGACAAAUCUUCUUCUGCUGCUCGGGCUUUGUACACCGUACGGGGCAAUCCCCCAUCGCCAUUCGCCAAACGUCGUAGACCCUUGGUUAUCCUUCCACCAAUGCGUAAUAGAAAUAUAGCCCAUAAUCGCGAGAAGAGCUCAUCUAAUGAAUCCCUGCACCGAACUAUUUCCAGUAGCACGUUCAAUGUGGACGAUGAAGAAGAUCCUGCAAAUUCGGAUAGCAUUUCAACGAGUACCUUUCAGUUGGAGGAAGGUCAGGAAGAAUCAUCUGCAACUCAGCAUAAUAGGAAUGCGACUAACAGUUCUGUGUACUACAGCGCAAACGAUACCACGCGAGAAGAGAGAGAAUCUUCGCAGACAAGCAGGGACGAAGCAGAAGAGAAUCUUGGAGUCAUGGAAUUUAUGCCCGAACCAAUUCAAGUUAUGGAAAUACCAGAUAUCUGUAGCCAACUCGAUGAAGACGGAUCAUCGUUAGAACUCGAACGCUUAGCAGGGGGAUCAGAUGUGGGUACAACAGAAGAUGAUCAAGUCGAAGAAAUGGAAACACAGAGGAAGAGCGCAGACAACGAAUCCAAAAAUGUUCUGCCGAUAGAAGAAGAAGAAAUUAAUGGCGUUAAGGACAGCAUUUGUUUCAUGCAAGCGGAUAUUGAUAAGGAUGAUAUUGAUAAUACCGACGACCAACCGUCGACUUCAAAAGCGGCAAUGGAAAACAUUCGCAUAUGUGGUGGUGCGGAACCCGAAGAGAAUCCUCGUUGUGAAGAUGAGGAUGUGGUUACGCUGGACACGGUUUGCAUUGUGCGUGGUCUGGAGAUGUUUGUGCGAGAGGUGGAGCCCAUAAAGCAAGAAACUUCAGAGGAACUAUCAGAUCUUGGGGGACUUUUUGAAAAUGGGUUAAUUGAUGAAGGUGGUGAAGAGGCCAUGUCCCAGUGAAACCAGAAGUUGAUGAAGAAUUUAUGAAGAAAUAUUAAGAAAUGAAAGGAUUACACUAACUGAACACUUUUUUUGAACAUUUUAUAUUCGUUUAUGAUUUUAACAUUGCUUGUCAUUACCAUUUUUGUACUAUUUUUCAUAUUUUUAACUUUGUAACAUUGAAAACUUAAUUUUUUCAUCUUUUGUAUUAAAAAUGUCUGAUUUAUUGGUUUUGUAUUCAUCAAAUUUAAAAUUAUGGGUUUAUAAAAAAAAUCAAACAUUAUGGGUGUAUAUUAAUCAUAAGACUUUGAAGAUCUUUAUUUGUUUAAGAUUAAGUAUUAGUAGUAAAUAUUCCAUCCUAAUGUCUAAGAGAAUGUUAUCCAGUGUUUCUCGUCAAUUGUGUUGCGUCCAGUGUGUAAACUAUGUAGGUCGUGCGCGUUUUUGGAGGUUCAGGUGCUGGAAUCAUACUUACAUUGCUUUCUGUAUCCACAACACCCGCCAUUUGAUAUAUAUCGA